CAGAAAAGUCCAAAAAGAUCGGGGGAGUUUGUCCAGAGAACUAGCUUACAUGUUUGGAAAAUGGACCUUUCCUUCCCUAUAUGAAUUAACGUUAGGCCGAGAUUAAUUAUCGUCUUAUUUCCGAGAGAGAGAGAGUCGAUGUAACACUCUGAGGUGUGUCCAAAUAUGGGCAGCGUCGCAGAGAGGAACUCUCAUGGACCUCACUGUUAUUGGGCUGUAUGUCAGCAUCCUUGCUGCUGGGAGGCUGAGCGCAGGCUUUCUAAAGGCAUCUCACCGCAAAAAGGGAAGUUGUCUUCUCAGGAAUGUGCCCGUACAAACGAUGAGUUCCCAACAUUGACAGUUGUGGAUGUUUCACAAUGGACCUGGGGCAAAGACAAAUCUAGGUCUAACCCCAUGUAUGUGAGUAACAGCACAGAUAGCUUGAUGUGUGAGGCCUCUCAUCAGAACCAGUUUUUCCCAUCUUUGAGCCCUCUCAUGGAACAGAACAGGAGGUCAGAGAAACGACUUCAACUUCCACCGGUGACCUGUGUGGAUUCUUCUAAUCAGAGCAAGCAGCAGGUUAAGCUUAACACAGCUUGGAUUGAGCCACUGGCCAGUUGUCCUAGUCCAACUCGAGGUUCAAACAUGCUUGUUGUGUGGGUUCCUAAUUCAGACCAAGCCCCUGUUGCUCUCUCCCAGAACAGUGAAGAAAGGGCUAAAUCCCCUCAUGUGGCUGUGAAAGAGAUUUUCUGUUUGCCAUCCUCAGAAACUUUGAUCAAAUCUAAUAUGAGGAAGAAAACAGGUGUGAAAAAAAGGGUGCGGUUCCAGCUGUCUUUCUCUCCAUCCAUCUCACCACUGAUGGCCUCGGAUUUAUCAGAGCAAUGCAGUGUCCUUGGGCACACAGCUGGCUCCUGGAAGGCCACAGAGGACACAGGAACCUUCCCUCUCUCUGACGCGCGGGCCCCAAACACAACCAAGCGGAGGCCCGAGUCAGCACCUUCUGCAAACAAAGACCCGUUUUUGCUCAGGAACAAGCCUGUGGUCUUCCACGACAUCAGAGAGAAGAAGCAGAGGAAGGUGCCCGGUGAUGUCCAGAUAAUGUACAAACUGGACUACAAGAAUAGCGAGGAGGGCAUUGACUGGAAAAGUCUCAGAGCACAGGCUUAUUUGUGGAAAAAAUAUAACCUCUCAAACAACCGGACGAAGGACAAAGCAGUUCCUCCAGAGGGCGCUACUGCACCCCUGUCACCACAGCAUACACAUCCCCGUCUCAAUGUCAUUCCUCAGGCUACAGUGCCCCACCUAAGGAAUCCAGUCUUAAAAGGUGCUACAGGAAAGACCUCCCCUCAGCAAAGCAGCCUGUUAGUCUCCCAGAGCAAGAGUAUUCUUAAGGAGCCAUCCAAGCACAGUUCAGGUCCAGGUGUUCAAAUCCCACUCCAUCUCUUUGAUGGAGAUGCAGGUAAAGUACCUAUAAUGCAAGGCAGUGAUGUUCACUUCAUACCUGGUCCACUCCAGCCAGAGGAACACCCUGAAGAUGAGACAGAGCCAACUCUGAACACCUCUGUAGCCACGAUGAGUGUGGAAGCAGAGGUGCCUCAGCAUAGCCAGGUAAUGCCACCGGCUUUCCACAGUCCCGCCAGUAAGAAGAGGCUACAGUGGGCAGACUUUGAGAGUUUGGAACCUGAGCCUGAGGUCUCUUGCCCUGAGCUUACCGCGCCACCACCCAGCCCGAAGCAGAAAGUCCCCAACGAGCAACGAACAGUAAAAAUGAUCAAGUGAGGACCUGCCAGUCAUAUGGUGGUGGUCAUUCCGCGCAGAUAUUUUAAGUUUUUAUACAAACAGCAAUACAAAUGUUAACACAGGUCCAUAAAAGCACAUCUCAAAUGCU